CUCUUCCCACCAUUCUAUGUCCCGUCUUCAAUAACAAUUACCCAUCCGUCUUUGGAAAGUAGGCGAAUACUGCAUGUUAAUCUACGCCAGUGAAAUCGCCGUUGCCAGCAAAGAGUCGUGUCUGACCGUCCCCCACGUGCCGGGUGUCGACUAUAGCCGAAGAUUCCAAAGACAUCCUAGACUUAACUGAUCGUCGUCUACUCCUCCCCGUCCUGAUAACUUCGUGCAUUUGGGGAUUUGUCUAACGUAGUCCUGGCGGCUUACGACGUCGCUCCGUCGAACGUCCUCGUAACGGGCUACCUACUCGGCGCGCCUGCGCCAUUGACGCAACACUAUGCAGAGCAGCAGUUUUCGCCGCCGUGUAUCGUUGAUAGCGGCUUCCCAAACGACCAGUUCUACCACCCCCCUUCGAAGCGGCAGAGGCUCGUUAGCCCUAAUUCGCCUAACUCGAAGAAGCACGAUUCAGUUAAGUCUGGGACGGCCGCCGAUAUGACUUCUUCAGAAACGGUGCCCGUUAAAAGCAGACGGGUGAGAACAGGUUGUUUGACUUGUAGAGAGAGGCACCUCAAAUGCGAUGAAGGUACUCCGGACUGCUUGAACUGCCGGAAGAGUAAUAGGGAGUGCAGACGUGGUGUACGGCUCAAUUUUAUUGAUAUGACUUGCAAAGAACCACCCUACAUACCUUUGACGGAUGAAUGGGCAGUACAAUUCCAAGACGAGUCGCGGAUGAUUGCUUCGGAAUAUCGAGGGGGGUUAGGAAGAUAUGCCAACUUCGAUACUCAGGGCCCUACUCCUCCACGGGAAUCCAAUCUUGACUCUAUUCCUCAACUGCACUUACGCGCUGUCGACAAUGUAGAGUCACAAAGCCGGGUAGAGCAUGUGUCUGUAACAAUGAUGUCAACACCACAACCAAUUUACUAUAGCGAUCGGGGCCAAACACACAUGGAUCUCGUUGCUGAGAGUCAAUUGCAUUCGCGGAGGAGCAGCAAUGCUUCUUUCAUGGCGCCUUUAGGUUCUGCGCAUUCGUCAGCAUACGGCAACACAGUGGCAGAUUCUUUUGGCCCCACCAAGGUAGAAAUUAGUCGCGCUCCAUCGCACAGCGGGUACAGAGGCAGUGAUGUGUCAACCACCUCUAUAGCCGGCUUCACCGGCGUCGGGCCACCGUCCACAUUCAGGGGAGGCUCAGGGGAUAGCAAUAUGGAACCAAAUAUCGACGUGGGGGUCAUGACACCUUCAAGUGAGAAGGCAGGGGAACGAGAUUAUCUCAACUCGCCCGAAGAGCUACGGUUCAUGCAGGUAUUUGUUUCGGAAGUUGGCAUUUGGAUGGAUAGUCUUGACAAGGAGAAGCAUUUCUCGCGCUUGAUCCCUUAUCACGCUCUAAAAUGCCCCAUGCUCCUAAAUGCGUUACUCGCAUGCGGAGUCAAACAUCUAACCCUCACACAGCAAUACGGCGAUGACAAGGCACUCUUUUACUACGACACGGCGACGACGCAGCUCUUGCGCAGUCUACAGAACCCGGAACGGAACACUGCUGAAUGCGCAACCACCGCUGUAGUGCUCAACGUGUAUGAAAUCAUGAGUGAAAAGCCAACACAGCGCAUGAGCCAUAUUGCGGGCGCACGAGCGCUCAUUCGUGAGUGUGGGUGGAACGCCAAGAGCAAAGGUCUAGGUGCCGCUUGCUUUUGGUUGAAUGUUGGCAUGGAGCUUCUCUCAUGUCUCGCAUUCAACUGGCAAACGGCGUGGGAGCCUGACCAGUGGGGGGUUGACAUGGACUUUAACACCGAAAAGGACACUGGCAACGAAGAAAUCUGGGUUCACCGUAUCUUCUACAUCGUGGCCAAAAUCGCCAAUUUCCGCGCUAGCAUCCCCAAGUUCCAGGAGCCUAGUCCACACGACGAACAAGUCCGAUUGCAAGCCAGAUAUGCGGAGUGGCAACGCCUCAAGAACAUGUGUGACAACUGGAACAAUUCCUGUCCCCGUCCUAUGCACCCUUUCGGCUAUUUGCACCCUUCCCAGCAGACUGGCUCUAAUAAGUCACUGUUUCCUAACAUCUGGCUCAUUAAGCGUGCCGCCAUUGUUGGCAGACUUUACUACCACACAGCGCAAUGUCUGCUGGCGCAGAUCAAUCCGAUCCUUCCUAAGGAUUCCGAGGAGGCGCGCGGGGUUCAGCAACACCACGCCCAUCAAGUCUGUGGUCUGGCUUGUCACACCAAAGAUCGUGGCGUCGCUAGUGUCUCGAUCCGAUCUCUAGCGAUAGUGGCCGAAAUCUUGACGGAUAUCGAAGAGCAGCAAGAAGUCGUGGCAACCCUGGAAAGGAUUGAUCAUGAGACAGGUUGGAAACUAGCGGGUGUCAUCCAGAACCUCAAGAAGAUUUGGGGGUGGGAGAGGAUGGGCCAAAAGGGACUCGCGGCGCAAUUCCUGCCCCGGGCUAACAACAACAAUAAGGCGCCGAUAGGGCUGGCCAAGCAUCAAGAGCAAAUGGAGUCCAGACAAAAUCCUCAAACAGCCACCCCCCCACAGCAGCAGAUGAUGACCAAGGUUUCCUCGCAGCCAGCCCCUCAACAACUAGCAGCACCGCGGCCGUUGCACAUGAAUCCUUUGAGUUUUGCCGAUUUCAGUCUUCCGAAUCAUCCAUACCAGAAUUGGUACGAACCACCAAGUCGGUCAAACACCGCCUAUAACUCUCAGGGUCUCCUCUGAGUUACACAAAAACGAGUAAAAAAAACGUAAAAAUUUCCAGCGAUAUUGUAUAUAAAACAUUUUUACGGGUCAAUAAAAAGAAGGAGUGUUGUUUUUUUUUCAUCUGGGGUUGAAUCUUGGAAUGUUAUUGAUACCUCCGAAGGCGGCAUGUGCGGUUUUUUCUAUAUUUAUUUUCGCAUCUACCUCCCUCGGCUGUAUAUCUCUUUCACCGGGCGGAGUACAACAUCACAGCACCGAUGGACGGUGCUUGGAACCUGUAUGUAGAAAAGAUCAGAGCAAAUCGGGUCGGGUCGGAAG